GCUCCAUAGCACUUGUUCCAGCUAGCUAGGAGAGAGAGCUUUGUUUAGGCGGCGGCAAGAUGAACAGGAAGCCAGGAGACUGGGACUGCAGGGCGUGCCAGCACCUCAACUUCAGCCGUCGGGAUGCAUGCCAGCGCUGCAGUGAACCACGUGGAGUUGGUGAUCGUAGCGGCGGUGGUGGCGACUUGGGUGGGCGUGGUGGUUCCUCCUUCGGCGGUGGCUUUGGUGCUGGCUCUGAUGUCCGCCCUGGUGACUGGUACUGCUCCUGCGGCGCACACAACUUCGCCAGCCGCUCCAACUGCUUCAGGUGCUCUGCCUACAAGGAGGAGGCUGCCGGCGCCUUUGAUAGUGACAUGUCACGCUCACGCGGCUACGCCGGCUUCGGCAGCGGCGCUGCCGCCCGUACCAACCGCCCCGGUUGGAAGUCUGGAGACUGGAUCUGCACCAGGUCCGGUUGCAACGAGCACAACUUCGCUAGCAGGAUGGAAUGUUUCAGGUGCAACGCGCCACGGGACUCCGGUAGCGCUGCCACGACGACCUACGAAAACUACUUGCACUGAGGUGUAGGUAGAGCAAAGUUUACAGCUAUAGCGCGCGUCGACGAAGCAGGAGCAGCAGCAGCAGCAUGAAUUGAAGAGGAGUCCUCAUCAUCACAUCAUAAGGGAGCAGCAGUAGAUUUAAUUGCAAAAUUAAAGACACCCGCGAUGCAUGCCCUAUCACUAGUUUUGUUCCACCGGUACCCCUACCGCGCGUUUCUUUUAAGAUUUGGUUCCCCAUUUAUCUGGGGACAGUAGACCCCAGAUGAGACCUAUGUUUGCUGUUUCAUUUUCAGUUACGUUCGUCUCCGCAUGCAUGUUUGCGCUUGGAUCUGAUGUAACCCCAAAACGCUUGCUUCACAAGUACUAUUAACUAGUUCUGUUGCCUUCCU